UCUCAGGUCGCCUGGUGUGGAGCUCCUUCCUGCUUGCGGAGCACAGACAGAAGAGAGGUGAAGGAUUGGACCCGAAGAGGAGUUGGACCCAAAGGAGAGUUGGAUCCAAAGGAGUUGGACCCGAAGAGGAGUUGGACCCAAAGGAGUUGGACCCAAAGGAGAGUUGAACCCAAAGGAGAGUUGAACCCAAAGGAGAGUUGAACCCAAAGAGGAGUUGGACAAGCUUUAAUAAAACAUAAUUUAAACAUAGCUGGCUAAAUCGUAACCUCUCGCUUUUAACUUAGAUUUGUGAAACAACACGUUUUUUUGUGUUUUUUUUUCUCCAAAGUUCACGGACAUGUUUGAGAAGAUCGCUUGUAGUUAUUAACUUGUUACCGGCGUUUACUGUGUCUACCAUCACCACCCGGUGUACCCGUUACCCCUCCAGCCCCUGGGCCCUGUCUCUCUAUCUCUUCUGCCUCUCAGCUAACCUCGAUCUGGGAAAGAUGGUGUCGUGGAUGAUCUCCAGAAGCGUUGUGCUCGUCUUCGGGACCCUGUAUCCUGCAUACUAUUCCUACAAAGCAGUGAAAACCAAAAAUGUCAAGGAAUAUGUCCGUUGGAUGAUGUACUGGAUUGUGUUUGCUCUCUACACCGUAGUGGAGACCAUCACAGACCUCACUGUAGCCUGGUUCCCCCUGUACUAUGAGAUUAAGAUAGCAUUUGUUAUCUGGUUGCUGUCUCCCUACACCAGAGGAGCUAGUCUCAUCUACAGGAAGUGCCUCCAUCCUCUACUGUCCUCAAGAGAGAGGGAGAUAGAUGAGUACAUUGUCCAGGCCAAGGAGCGUAGCUACGAGACCAUGGUGACCUUCGGCAAGCAGGGCCUAAGUAUAGCUGCUACUGCAGCUGUCUCCGCAGCUGUCAAGGGCCAGGGGGCGAUCACAGAGAAGCUGAGGAGCUUCAGUAUGCACGACCUGACUCAGAUACCCCUCGACGACGCAGCAGCCAAUCAGAUCUAUACGGCCCAUGCCGGCAACCCUGCCGUGAGCAGGAGGGCUCUCACCGCAAACUCGACCGACAGAACAGAGUACUAUGCCUAUGAUCAGGAGGACAGGACAGACGAGGAGGGGGAACAACUUUUCUCAGAGGACGAGGCUGUCACCCAGAGAGGUCUGAGGAGGUCCCAGAGUGUCAAGAUCGUGCGCUCUAAAGCUCGCAAAGAUGCCCGUUAUGGAUCUCUGAAGAUCAAAGGAAAGCGGAGACCGGUUCUGACUGCUGCUACCUACAGUGCCAUGUAAUGAACGGUCCAGGAGACGUGACUGCUGGCUGGUGCCAUGGAUGGGGUUUCCUUCUGUAGUGCUCUACUGUUGACCAGAGCACGGUGGGUCCUGGCUAAAAGUAGUGCAUUAUGGGCCCUGGCCAACAGUAGUGCAUUAUGGGCCCUGGCCAACAGUAGUGCAUUAUGGGCCCUGGCCAACAGUAGUGCAUUAUGGGCCCUGGCCAACAGUAGUGCACUAGAAUGGGAAUAGGCUUUUUGGGACGGACCAGGAAAUCAGUCAACAAUUCAGGAAGGACUACUGACGGCUCCAACAUCCAUAUCAGUGACUACUGACUGCUCCAACAUCCAUAUCAGUGACUACUGACGGCUCCAACAUCCAUAUCAGUGACUACUGACAUGUUAGACCAUCCAUUCUAUGGAGAACGAUGCUGUGGAACUGUUCUCCUGGUGUUUUUUUUAAACUGUCCUGGGGUCUAAUUCUAUUCACGCUGGGAGCAUCUGUCUUUUUUUAAAUGAACCACCAACUCACUAUAUUUAUGACAUUAUUCUGACUGUGUGUAUUUAAACCAUCGUACAGCGGUAGCUGUACAGAAAGAAUCUUAAGGUUUCCUGUCUUUUAGUUAAGUGUUGUUGUUGCAUGGAUCUUAUAUUCUGGGUUGUUUUUAUGUGAGGAUGUGGACUUUUUAGGAUCUUGUCUUUUUUUUUUGAGGGGUUAUAUAAUUCAUUUAGCUUCAUUUUGUCAUAUAUGCUGCCUUGUAUUUUGAGUUUA